AUGAUCAAUAACAACGAUGAUGGCCUCAUGCUGAAGAUUGAACAGAAAAAUGCUUCACAGAUACAUUUUUUGGAUAUUGACGUUGAGUUCAAAGAAGGGCACUUGGCCACUAAGGUAUACGUAAAACCGACGCAUAGCCCUCUGUACAUUCCGUCCCACUCUAAUGAUCCUUACCAGUACAAAGUGGCUGCCUUCCGUGCCCUUAUCCAAAGGGCCUUUCUCUAUUGCAGUAGUGUGUUGGAUAGGCAAAAAGAAAUUAAUAGAGUAUUAAAUAUUGCCAGAUCGCUAGGGUACAGGAAAGAUAUGAUAAUAACAUUGAAAAAAAAAUACAAAGUAAACAAAACUAAAGCUCAAAAAUGCGAUUUCGGCAAAAUCACAAAAUUCACGUAUGAUAAAAAGAGAAAAGACAUCAUGAAGGAAAUCUCAGUCCGCAAAAAAUCCAAGUUAAUUUUCAAGAGAGCUCCUAAUCUGUACAAAUUAUUAAGGAACGACAAAGACAGAGUAGAUAAAGAAAAAAGAGCUGGAGUAUACAAGAUUCCUUAUGAAAAUCGUGAAUUAGACAUCAAAUAA